AAGGCUGCGAGUUCGACCCUCGCGGUGGGCUAUGUUUUUGUCCAGAUAGUAUGUGAAAUCGUGAUCGGGGUCCGGUCCGCCCGGAUCCCGGCUUGUAGUAAAUAAACACACUGCGAUACGUUAUUCUUCAUGUUGCCCAUAGUACCUGACGAUGAAACGAUCCAAUCAGUAAUAUCAAUCGUACAGCCGUCUCUUCCAGGACUAGAUACCAAUAAAUUGCAUGACGCGGUCAUCGAUGCGUAUCCGGAGUGGCAGGGCGUGGUCGGUGAGAAACGAGUACGGCGUGUAAUGGCUAACUCAAAAAAGGACGAGGAGGCGGAGGGACCUAUCAAGGACGACAAUGCCUCUACUAUUACGACACCAAAAACGAAAAAGAAGAAAAAAGCAAAGGCAAAGGCAAAGGCCUCAUCACGAGAAACUUACCCUACCUCGUCUCUCCUUCCCGACUCCGUACUGACCCUGCCGCCGACUGUCGCCGUCCGGUAUUUUGACAAGCAAAAGGGGAAAGGUCUUGUCGCACUCAGACGCAUCGAGGAAGGCGAGACGUUAUGGAAGGAGGAUCCGUGGAUUAUCGCACCAGAGUGGGACAUCUUUGACCUCCAGCAGCGCGCAGUCGCUUGUGCUCACUGUACUACACCGUUUUCACAAUCAUCUGCCCUUGUGGUCUCUUGCCAGCACUGUUCUGCGCGCUACUGCACCCGUCUCUGUUUCUCGCGAUCAGUGUCUACCCAUCCCCUUCUGUGUCCCGGCCAGAACGCUGCCAGUGUCCCGUUGCUCAAGCAGGCCAGAUCACUGGCAUGGAUGGCCCUGCACGCAAUCUCGCGCGUCACCGCUCGGGUUUUGCUGGGUGGCGAACAGGAGUGGGACGUUGUCAAGGCGAUGGCAGAGCUUGGGAUGGAAGAGCGGUUUCAAAAGAUUCAUCUGACGCCAGAGCGGGAGACUUGGAAACGAGUGUGGACAUUGUACGUUGACGCAUUCCGAUCUCCUCAAGCCUUGAAAAUCGUCGCAAAGUCGAAGAAACCGCUGGCAGAACAAACGGAGAAGGAGCUGUUUAGCUAUGAAGGUUUCUUGCGAGGACUGGGAAGAAUGAGCUUAAAUCUCGAAUCUCAUGGAGGGCUGUACCUCCUCCACUCUCACUUGAACCAUUCCUGUGAUCCCAACCUGUCUAUCAGGCAUCUACAGCGGUCGUCUGCACUUGCACGCAUAACCGUGAUAGCUAAACGCGCCAUUUUACCAGGCGAGGAGCUGAUAAUCACUUAUGUUGACCCGUCUUUGGACAUAGCACAAAGACGACAAGCAUUGGGAGAGUGGGGUUUUGGCAACUGUACCUGUUCGCGAUGCAAUAGAGAAGCUGCGACAGUUGAAGAUGAAUCACAAGGCCAAGAGAAAAGGAGACAUGAGAGCAGUCUAGAUAUGAAGGAUUUGGAGCGCGAGUUGAAGGAAGGUUUGGGACUGUGGGGAUGAGUGAAUGCGUUCUCUCUCUCUUUUACACUUUCUCCGCGGAAGCGAAAAUACAGUUCAGACCGAUACUCUAAUAAUGUAUCUACUCGAAACAGGGUAGACAUGGAAAAUACGGGGUAAAUAUAAAUGACAGAACCC